CUGAGGAAACACAGCGACGAGAAAGUUGUUUUGGAUUACUUUCACUUUUUUAGAUCUUUCAUUUCGACAGUAAGUGCUCGAAAAUGAAGGAGUAUUUAUUUCCAAUAGGUUUUUUCCUUUUCUUGUUUGUGGAAAUUAGAGAAAUUAAUGGAAAAAUGAACUUAGCGUACGAUGUUUACUUACCAUCUAGUGGAGAACAGCCUGGAUUAUCUCCCAUAGUUUUCCUGCAUGGAUUUUUAGACUCAAAAAAAUCCUGGAAAUAUGUCGCACAACCUUUAGCCGACAAAACAGGACGAACAAUAUAUACUUAUGAUGCUCGAAACCACGGAGACAGUCCAUGGACAUCGGACUUCAAUAUAGACAUUUUGGCGGAAGAUUUAGAAGACUUUCUUGCUUUACGUAACAUAUCAGAAACCAUAUUGGUAGGUCACAGCAUGGGUGGAAGAACAGCCCAGACACUUGCUCUAAGACAGCCUGACAAAGUACAGAUACUAAUUGUUGAAGAUAUGUCAAUGGCAGACUUAACUCAAUUGCCUGACGCUGCUACUGGAUUGCUUAUGAGACUGUUACGAAAGUCAUUGACUGCCAUCCCUCCUAAUGCGGAUGCAGAAACAGCAAUAGAGGCUGUAAAAGCAUUUUUCUUAAAGGCUAUUCCCGAAAGUUUUAUUCCUCGGAGAGCAUUUGAUGCUAGUAUUGCACCAGUAAAUAUUGACGGAGGCAAUAUCACUUGGCAAGCCAAUCUCGACGUUCUGGAACAGAGCAUCUAUGCUGGAGCAUUAGGCAAUAAUUUUAACAGGAUUAUUUGAAAAAGAUACUUUAUAUAUUUAUGGUACUAAAUCCUUAGCAAGAGUUGAUAAAGAUGACCUUAUAAAAGUGUAUUUUCCUCAAGCACAACUUCUGGGGUUCGUAGGAGCUAAUCAUCUUAUUCAUCACGAAUAUCCGGAGGAUUAUGUUCGAGAAAUUGCUCGUUUCAUCACUGGCAUUAUUACACCUACAUCAACAUGCUGAUCGACUUUUAUGCUCAAUACCUUAGUCCUUAUUUUGUUACGUAGCUGCAAUCUAAAGAACAUUCAAGUUUGCCAGUGAAAUGAAUUUACUGAUAUCAUAAUUUUCCGAUUUUGUUAUUUUCUUUAAAAAAAAACUGUAAGCCUGACAACUGUUGUAAGUUAGAUGAUCUUAUAAAUGUGUAUUUCCCUCAAACAUAACUUCUUGGGUUCGUAGAAGGAACUCUUCUUUUUCAUCACGUAUAUUCUAAGGAUUAUAAUCUAGAAAUUGCUCUCAUUUCAUGCCUGCCGUUAUUACGCCAACAUCAACGUGCUGAUCAUCAUCAGAGAUUAAGAGCCAUUGUCUGUAAGAAUCAGGCAGUUCAAAGCAUUUGUGAUUGUUGACAUUUUUAAUUUUUUUAUUUUCACAUAUGUUGUUCCUUAUCAUA